UUUCAUUAAUAAUUGCGGUCCUCCGAGUGUGGGAAAGGAAAUACACAUUGCCUCCUACUCACUUAAUAGACUGCAGCCCCUCUGGUAUAGCCAAUCUUUUGCACGGUUUGAAAACUCGUACUAACAGGUCGUGCGAAUUGCGAUCGGUCUCUGCACCCCUGUAAUGAAGCUUUUACAUGGACAUACGAAUUUACUGGAAAUUUGAUCUCAGUUUGGGAAAAACAUUUUUUGUUAUUGCCACUUGGCUAUGACAGGAAGUACCUCUAUAGUUUGACAAGAGGUUGACCCUUCGUGUGCUUUUUAAUUCACAUCCGAUCGCGCGUCUUUUGAAACCCAUAGAACCGCAGGAAGCGGUCUCAACAACAGAGAAGUAUUUCCAACAAGAAACGCAUCGAUUUUGACGUCUCUUGUUGUGUUUGAACAAUAUGAUGAACGGAAUAUUGAGCCAUUCUUCUGAACUUCAUAUUCUGGAGCACAAACUACGAGUUUCCAACUUGAAGAAGGAUGCGAUCUCUCUGUAUACACAUGCUCUUAUAAAAAUUUCAUUACUACCUCGAUCAAAGUAUGUAUGGGCGUUCUGUGGCUUUAUUAUUUUUUUGUAAGCUUAUUUCUCUUUUCAGCUCUUCAGUGGAAAAAGUUUGAACUUAAUACAUGUGUACUCUAGGAGACAUGCAAUAUUUUAGAUUACAAUAUUCAUUAAAUUCGCAUGUAAACUAUGGUCUGGAUGCGACGAGUGGCUACCAUUGCAGCCCAUAGAGAAGGUUCUCUUUCUUUUCCCGUGCUUCUUCUUCUUUCUGAAAUCUGUCAUAUGUUUGUUAAUUCUGUAUUUUUCUUACAGGCCAAGGUUCUUCAGCUUUACAGAAACCAGAGAUGGCUAUACAAUCAUCGUCGAAGACGAACUUUGUAAAGGUAAUUCAAUUGUGCCGUGUAAACUUUUAUGUCUAUAUUCAUGAAGCGUGCCAAGAUAACGUGGAUUGUUUUGCGCGGGAAAAGCGAGAUUGCAUAUUGGAAAGGACUUUUCGAAAACUGUAUUUACGAACUACCUGUAAUUGUUGCAGAUAUUUGUUUCCGAGAAGCAAAGUAUGUUGUACGGUAUGUUAUGUAAUACAGUAAGGAUCUUUAUCCCUUUAUUAUACUGUUACAUGUUCGCGUGAGAUUCUCAUAUUGAUAUUGUAUUGGAACAGAUGAUCACUUUGAUGAAAAGGAUAAAAAAAGAAGUUUCACUCCAGCCUAACAGACCAUAAACUUUAACUUCCCGUCUUAAGAUAACUCACUGGGCAGAGGAGUUCACGUGAAACCUCUGGGCAGAGAGGUUUCGUCGGACUCUGCUCUCAUUUUAUUUUCUUGUGACAGGAAAUGGCAUCGGAGGUCCCUUCCUCGAUGUAAACAAACUCCCUCUCACAUUACACAAUCUGAUGAAUUCCCGGCCAUCAUCAUAAAUUUUAGUAGCUGAAAGCGAUUUUUAGUGUUAUAUGUUAAUGGUUGUAACCAGUGGUCUUUUCUGAAAAUUAUGGCAAAACAUUUUUUUAAUAAUAGUAAAAUCUUAGACCACUUGCUAUUUAUUUAUAUAGGAAGGAUAAAACACAUUUCCAAAAUUGAUUUCACUGUACCAAAAUCCUUCAGUGGUAUGAAUUUCAGUAACCUAUUGAGGCCGUGUCUAGAUUUUGUGUUUUGUUGGAAACUGUACUAAAGCACCUUUGUUAAGGCUUGCUGCAGAGGAUUAUUUUUUCUUGUUGAUUUUUUUAAUUAAAAAUCAUUCAAGGUGCUCUGUUCAAUUUUCAUUUUUUAAAGUGUUAGUUUUUUUUAAUCCAAAAAAUAACAUACAUGUAUAUUGUUUUCUUGCAUUAUAUAUUAAACUACGUAAAAAUACAAUUUUAAUUAUUAUUUGACCAUGUGAAUGGAAUCUCUCUCGUGAUACUUGUAAAUGGUGCCCAUUAUUUUUCAGAUGAUUAUGAUAUCAAAUGUAUAUUUUUGUUUCUUUGUGCUGUAAGCCUUCAGUUAUUUAUUAUACAAACUGGUUGUCAAAAAUUACUUAUCUUUUAUCUCACCCACAUAGGUUUACUGGGGUAAUAAAAAUUGUUAUAAGUAAACAGGGAACAUAAUGUAUGGGUUGGCAGAUCUCUUACCUUCUACUCAAUAUUUAUUUCAUAAAAGUAUUCACAGCAAGAGAUUGUGAAAUUUACUUGAACACCAGGAAUGGAAAUUUAUAUCGUUAGUACAAGCACUGCCUUGAGUUAUUUUGUUUACUGUAUAAACAAAACGUGUUUAAUUUUAAGUUUUAAACAAUUUGCUUAAGAUUCUCCCUUUCCUCCAAAGCUUUUAAAAAUUCACUGAGGGUCGUAAAAACAAUAUUUUUUUUCUGGUCUUUCCUGAAAAUUUCCUUUUAUAGGGCUGUAGGAUACCAAAAUCAUCAAAAAAUUAUGUAGUAAGAUCCAAAGCCAUUUUUAUUAUUCUAUUUUGGUUGCUGAAUGCAACAGUAGCUAACAUAAAUUUCCAUCAAUAUCUUCACUCUUAGUAGUAAAGAAAAAUGUUCUCAAAAAUUAGUCUCAGUAAUGUUAGUGGUUAGGUCAACCCCGUGAUGUUCAAAUAAAGUUUGGCCCAAGAAAACUUUUAUAUCUGAAGGAGGGCUUACAAGUAUGCUUUCUUUAAUAAUAUCACUUUAUCUGACAAUUUCUUUCACAGAGCUCCCCAAAAGCGAUAGUAUUGACAUGCCUGAUCUUGUUUGGCGAGUUUUAACUGUUUCUGCUGGUGCUUAUGGAAGCCAUCAGCUGACUGGAAUCAGUAAAAUUGUCAAGACUAUUAUCACUCCUUUGGCAGACUUCCAAGUUUCUGUUCUGGUCAUCUCAACAUAUCAGUCUGAUUAUGUUCUGGUAGGUUUGGAACUACUUGGUAGUUUAGUAUCGGUAAUAAAGUCAAACCCUGCUUUACGGAUACCUCAUCAUUACAGGCAGUUUGUCCCUGGGCAAAGAAAGCCCUUAUAUUUCUCUAAAUUAUAACUGCUUUAUACGGACUCCCCAGUUACACAGCUAUUUCAAGAAAGGUUGUUGGAAAAAAUGUGCGCGUGACAAUCCCAAAAGGUAAUAUGGGAUAUGAUCAACACGCUGUUCCUGACACUUAAACUGUUGAAUCUUCUGUUGUUGUUUUCCUUUAGCAUUUGCAAUUCAAACAUACAUCUAUGGCCUCUCGUGCCAUUCUUUCAAAUUUCUUUGAAGAACAGUGAACUCAAAACAGCCCCCGGGAUUGUCGGGUGCACUUUUCCCGACAACCUUUCUCGAAAUAGCUGUAUGGACACUUUCUAUGGCCCCUUAGUGUCAGUAUUAAUGAGUUUUGACUGUAGUUAAGAUGCUUGAUUACUGUUUCUUGAUCCUCUCAUGUUACAUGUUGGUUUGUUUGUGUUUUGUGCCCACUUAGUUUGGAAAUAUUGCAGGGUUUUACAUAAGGCUCCACUCUCUCUGUAAGUUUUUCUCCUAUGCUCAUCCUGUUUUGAUGCAGCUAAAUGCAAUUUAGGAUAAGUUAAACUCGACACAUGGCUGGCUUGAAGUCUCUUGACAGAAAUAUGUGCAGGUUCUCUUACUCACUUUGCAGGGGUUUGUGUGUACUUUUAGAGCUAUUCUCUUGAGGUCAGGCCAUCACGUUCGCAUGUCAGUGCUUGUUGUGGCUCAUGCUUGCAAAGUGUUUGUUAGGUUCCUCUGGUUAGCAGUGUGAUGGUACCUGAGUGGAUGCCACUCUCAGGGUUGUGAAGGUUACACAUUACACUCAGCUAAAGUUCGGGUCUCCAGCAGCCUCACAGGCACCUCCCCCCAUGCUCAUCUCUGUUGAUGAGUUUAAUUGGCAUGUUUUGUCUUUGCUCAAGGUUAAAGAAGUUGAUCUUGACACUGCCAUCAAGUGUCUUUCUCAAAACUACAAGAUCUUUAAAGACAGUGGUAGAGGAUUGGAACCAGUGACCUUGUCAAUUGCUGAUAUGGCUGAAAUGAUGAAUCACAGAAAAGCAGGUAAAUUAUUCAAAUAAAACAGAGUAUGAUAGCAAAUAUGGUUAUAGUCCAGGGCUGUCAAAAAGUUUUCAAGUAGGAUUAGCUAUAAUGAAUAGUAGGUGGCUUUGGAACGCGCACUAAAGGUGCAAGUUCUUGAGGGCCGAUUGAGGCAUCUAAGCACAUUUUGAGAUUUAAGACUGUUGGAAAUGGUAUUUCCAGGGUUUUCAAGAGCUAUUUUCCACCACAGACACCAUGUUUUUUCGUCAGAAUACACUCAGGACUGGGAACAAUGCUGUCUAAAUGUCCAGGUGUUCCAUGACAUCACACAGUUUGAACAUUUCACUGAUCUAAACCUUUUUAAAUAUUCAUUCAAGGUCAUCCAAAACUGGGAAAUGGAUGUGUUAUUGAUGGAGCUUAUUUUUUGUUAGCAGUUAUGGCAAAAGGAGAUGAAAGUAGCCUGCGUAGCUGGCGGUAUUGUGUAGUAGUCGAGUGAGAUUUGACGGCGGAGCUGUCACGAGCGGGGAAGCCGCGAGAAAUACCGCCUGCUAGAGAACCAUGAUUUUUCAAAUGCCGCCCACUUUUGUCAAGUUAGCUGAUCCCAAUUUUAAAAUCAGCCAAUCAAAGAGAAACCAGUUUAGAAAUAAGCGUUGACAGGCUAAACACGACUCCUAAGCUCAUGACAAUGUGAAACGUGACCUUGUGAGUUUGCUUGAACAGAGGUUUUUUUUAUUUUCUCGGCUCUCGUUCGAAGGUUACUAUAGCAGUACACAGUGCAUGUAUCAUUCUAAACUUUGACUGAGUAAAUUUUUUUUUGCAACACUAGGCUUAAAAUUAAAAGGUCAUGAAGCUGGUUUGUUACAUGCAUACUGAGUAACCAUUUCCGGUGGUUUAUUCUUCUGUAGGUGUUCCUGAUAGGAUUUGAUCUCAGAUGCAGUUGUAACAUGUUUUAAUUUUCUUUGACCUUUGUUUCUUACGGCUAAAUUAAGACAAUUCCAGUGCUGUGAAGUUUAAAGACGCCAUUUCGGCAAUUUGGUUAUCAAUUAUGCUCUUUCUAAAGCCGAAAUCACAAUCACUUUUAAUACAUGUACGUCUUCUCCAGUUUGCCAUCUGCUCCCUAAAUUGGGAAAUAUACGCAAAGGCUCAUCUAACAUGAUUGACAUAUGUAUGGCCCUCGACCAAUCCGUUUCCCCGCACACUGGUGUGCGGACCAUUCAAAAUACCGGGGUUUUCUGGCAGGCGGUAUUUCAACCGCCUCGUCCCUACUCCUUUUUUUUCGAACACGGCUCCGCCGCCAAAACUUUAAUCUCGCACCCACACAAUACCGCCAGCUACGCAGGCUAAGAUGAAAGUAGCCAGCUAAGGAUGGCUAACUAGCUAGCGGUGGUUUUGGCCGGCUAUCGGCCCUUAUUGACAGCCCUGUAGUCUGGACCAAUUUGUUGAAAUCCUGGUUAGCUCUUAUCCUGGCCAGGUUAACUUACUUGAAAUCAGAGCAUAUCAAAAGUUUUCAUGGAAACUAGCCCUAUAGAUAAUUUGAAAUAACUGACCUUUGAACAGUGACCUUGGUCUUAGUUAUUUACGAUUUGGACAAAAUAUUAUCCGGUGAAUAAGUCAUGACACAGUAGUAGUACAGGGAAACCGAUACUACUUUAUGUACUGGCAAGUGAUUUAUAUUCCAUUGGAUUCUCUAAACAGCUGGGGCCUGGAUUAUACAUUACAUGUAUACAGCUAUUUCGAGAAACGUCGGAAAAAGUGGACGUGACAAUCCUGAAAGGUAUUGUGGGUGGUUUUGUCUGCCCUGUUCUCCAAAGAAUGUAAAGAAAGGCACGAGUGGCCAUGGACGUAUGCUCACGAGUGCUAAUGAAAAGCAACAAAAGUAGGUUUGACAACUACAGUUGGUAGGAACAGUAUAUUGAUUAUAUCCCAAAUUACCUUUCGGGGUUGUCGCGUGCACAUUUUUUCCAACAACCUUUCUCGAAAUAGCUGUAUGUAUGUAUGCUGUUAAGCAUUUAUAAUAUUGAUUUCUUCAAUUAAUUUUCAGAUGAACACAGACCAAUUGUUCACCCGUUCUCUUGCCCACUGAACAGAUUUCAUGUAACGAGUCUAGAAUUACGAAUGUUACCGAGCUUGACGUCCACUUUACUUGAUCUGAUGUUCUAUUCAAAGUAAGUUUGGAAAUUUUCGUCUGCUGGUAUUUUCAUUUAUAAUCAUGAUAAGUUUCACAAGGUGUUGGGAGUGAGGACUGGGUACAACACAAUGCAGAUUUUAUGAACACCUUUUAAAAUGUGAUUAAUAAAUGGUGUGGGAUGGGGGAUAUUAGAGUUUCAGUUCUUUUGGUCUUAGGGUGAUAAGGUUACCCCACAAGUGAAAUUUUGCUUGUAAACCUGAGCUAUCUUUAACUUGCAUGCCAAGGUAUCCCUAUCGUAAGGGUUUCCCUCCCUCCUUGUAAACAAGACCUGACAUAUGAUUGUGGAAAGGUACCUCACAGCUCCCUACGUAUCACUAACAACAAUAUUAUUCGAUUGACUUCUAGGUCACCAGUUGACAGGGGCUAUGAGCCAUUUUUUCAUAUUUCCAUUGUUGAAGGGGACAUUUCAUUGGUGUUGGACAAUGAAGCCUUGUCAAGGUAUAAAAUUUUUGCCACCAAUAUACAUGCUGACAUUAAUAAUAAUAACUUACAGUGCCUCACAUAGUUCAGAGUAUUUCUUAUUAAAAUUGAAGUAUGCUAAAGAGAGUGUGGGGCCCCACUGAAAAAACAUGUCAGUGAUGUGGGCAAAAAAAGUAUUAUUAUGUUCACUCAUUUUUGUUUGUUGCCUAUUUGGCAGAUUUCCUGAAGGCUCACUUUACACUAACACUAAUGAUGAAGGAUGGAAAAUGAUUCGUGUUGGAGAUACUCCGCUGGGGUUUGGUGUGUUCUCAUUAAAUAUUUCAGUUCUGUGGAUUGUACUUAAUGAUUGAUCAGUAGCAGGUUAUGUCAUUGAACUCAUUGUCAUUAUCUUCAUCACUGUUAUUGUCAUCAUUAUCAUAGUUAUCAUCGUUAUUGUCAUGACUAUGGUAGACUACGAGCAGUCUCUCUUUUUCUGUAGUCUGUUGAGCAAAACGGGACACACGCAAAUGGCCACGCAUGUGACUGAUGGCACGAGAUAGGAGAGGCACGAAAAAAGAAACUAUGGUCAUUUUUGUUAUCAUUGUUCUAUUCAUCCUCAUUAUCAUUACAAUCAUCAAAGCAACUUGUCAUUGUUAUAAUCUGUCAUCUUCAUCGUUACCAUCACUAAUAUUAACAGUAAGUCAUAAGCUGCAGUAAGGAUACUUCUGUUCUUAUAUUGUAACAGUACUGCAGGUGCGCCACUGUGGUACCAGCAGCUUUAAUAUGGCAUGUAGGUGGGCAGCAUAUGAAACCAGAUUUUGAAAUAAGUUGUUUAGUCUUACAUAUUUUAAAGAGUAUGGUGGCAUUACAUGUUCUGUGUUAAGUAUAGAUGGCUGGCUGCUCAGUGUGCUUGUAUCACUCUCUGCUUGUCAUGUGUUGUGUAGAUGAAACUGGUGUAGCUGCGCAGAUUGCUGAACCCUUAGCAGAUGUUCAAAUGACCACUUAUUACAUCAGUACGUAUGGCCUUGGUCAUACGCUGGUAUGUAUUGCCCUGUCAGAAAGUGCUGUGGAAAGUCAACCUUAGAUACCUUAUCUGCAUUAAUUUUGGUAGCUGUUAUUUUGGCUGGCAUUCCUAGUCAACAUUCCUUUUGCCAGAGAAUGUCCAGAAAGCAACUUGUGAAACUCUUUUCUGGUGAGGGUAAAGUUUUCAAUAUAUAUGUCGUGCAAAGUUGGAAAUGAAUUGAGGGUGACGAAUUUGUAACCAGUAAAUAACUUUCUUUGCCUCCAAUUAUGUAUUUAAAGGUAUCGUCAGAGGAUGUUUUUCCACAGACACCAUUUAAUGCCAUAAUUAACAUCUAGCUAUUUGUAUGUUGUUUGUAGAGGAGAGUGGGAUAGUUGCCCAGGUAUCUGAACCUCUUACUGACGCUUCCUGUAGCACUUUUUACAUCUGCACUUUCCUUUUUGAUCAUCUCUUGGUAUGUACAUCCUAUGGCAACCAUGGAUGCAGUCUUACAAUACACUUUACUAAUAUUAAUAUUAUUAUAUUAAGGAUGCAUGGGAAAUAACUUAAAUUUUUUUCAUUUUUUCACUUUCAGUUAUUUCUGUUUUGCAACUUAUGUCAUUUGAUUGUUUUUUAACCAAUUAUAACAUCACUAUCUUAACCCUCAACUAAUACACUGUUUACAGUUGUUGUGUGAUAUUUAUUGUGAUGCAUUUAUUUAUGAGAUAAUGUAAAGGAUUAAUGCAUGUAUCGAGCAAUUUUCAUUUGUGAUGACUGUUCAGUGUUUUGCCUUUUCAAAAUCUCCUCCAGUCAGAGAUUAUAGUACCAUGUAAGCCAAGAAAAUAUGGUGGGCAUAAUGGAUGUUUCUCUUUUCAUGAUUUCUUACUUGUGUUUGCUAUAUUCCAAGUUAUUUGCCAGUCAUCGGUAACCUGUUGGUGAUCUGUUGGUUAACUGUUGACUAACAGUUAGUUGGUAGUUUUUUUGUGAGUGGUGGGUAGCUGGAGCUGUUUUCCUCUUUAUUGAUAUUACCAUAUGAAGGAAACCAUUGGUGCCCAUGACUGGAGCUUCAUACCAGGGGGAAAAACAUAUUUUAAAAAUAUCAAAGAAUGAAAUUGGUGAUCACAUACUUCUACUUGAGCUCAAACACAUAAAGCUCAUUUGACCCUUCACAACCUUGCUUGCAUCUAACUUCCUACUUCCUUCAACUAAAUGAGCGAUACCUUGAAUUCAUAAUACUCUAUAAAAGGGUUGUAUCAAACAAAAUUUUUGCAUAAUCUUUUGGUAAAUACUGGUAGUUAGGAGCCGAUUUCAAUGUUCCCUCUCCCCCCUUUCAAAAGCCAAAUCCCAGGAAUACAGUGUACAAUGAAGAUGUUGUACAUGUAGUACUUGCUACCACUAGUGGGGAUUAAUCAAUAUUGGUGACUAGUGCUGAUAUCAGCUAUUUCUUAGGCUAAGAAAUAACUUUCUUUCACUCAAAUUAACUAAUUUAGAAAUUAAUAUGUUUAUGUUUUUCAAGUUGCCAUCCUAGGGAAGUCCAUAUCUUGUUUGCAAUUAUUAUUAUAUUCUUCAUUUUAGGUACCUGAGAAUGAAAUUGAGAGGGCCAAAGAAUUACUCAGUUCCUUACAAGUUAGAAAUGGUCUGCAAGAAAACUCCUAGUUAUUUACUAACAUAUUUUUUCACUUGUCCAGUAAUCUCAAAUUCAUCAUAUUUUUUAAAUUUACCUUAUUUUUAAUUUAAGAGUUUGUAAAAUAGAAUAAAUACAUCACUGAAAAAUUAACUAUUGAAACAUAUUACUCCCAGUAUACACCACUACAGAGACAUGUCGUGUAGUUUUCAUUUUCAUUUUCCCUUUGGUGUGGCCAUUCAAGUAAAACCUCUUUGGUAGAGUACUCCAUCUUUUUUUGUUGGUUUUAGAAAUGGUCUGAAAUGGUCUAUUUUUUAUUAUCUUUGAUGAGUUUCAAAUAUAAUAUUAAAUGAAAAACAAAUAAAAAUCCAAAAUGGUUUGAACAGGAGCCAUAGAUGCAUUUGAAAGUUUGCAUUUCAUUUCAACUCCUUUGAAAUCACAUAACUCCACAGCUCCUCCAAAACCUGUUCACUUUUGGUCCAUAGUAACCCAGCAAAUUUCUCAAAAUUUUGUCGAAAACAUGUUGGAAAAUCAUCAAAUAAUUUUUUUAAAGUGGUUACGUAAUGUUAACAGCAGGAUCUAUUCCGGUUGUCACUUAAUACAGAAGUCACAAUUAAAAUUCUACCUGCACUCAUCACUAAGGAUGUCAAUGGGGUUGUUUACCUAUCUAAUAAGGAUUGUUUUGCAUUUUAACAAACAAAACUUGAACUAUUUUAUAAAAGGAUGUCGUUUUUUUGUGUUUACAUUUUACAGAAGUCACACUUAGAACAUUUUCUGGAAAAUUGUUAAUUUUUCUAUGAAAAUAUGGUUGGCAAACCUCAGCCUCUUAGAAUGUUGUUUUUGUUGUUAUUUUUCUCUGACACCAGGUAGUUUGAUAAACAUGUUGCAGUAUCUGCCUCUUGGUUCAAUCUUUGUUUGUUUACAGUAUUCUAGUAGCUAAGCCCCUUAUUAAUUAAGGAGUUGAGUUAAUUUAAUUUGAAAUAAUUAAGGAGAAUAAAAUAAUAUAUUUUGCUGUAUACUGACUUAGUGGGGCUGUCUAAACAGUUUACUGACUAGAGGUAUACCCCAUUGACACCCCCAAGACUGAGAUUUAGAGUAUGGCCUUUCAAAUUGAUUCAACAAUCAUAAUGAGUGCAUAUGAACCUAUAGUUUGUGUUGUACAUAAGAAUUAUUUACCUACAUUAUUUACAGUUAUGGUAAAUUAUUGGAUCAAUUGAGGCUUCUGGGUAUCCGGCCACCUACCCCUCCCUUAAGUCAACGUACUUCUGACUUAGGGCAAAAUUGUGACUUGAGGGAGGAGUUGGUGGUCAGUUACUCAGAAACCUCAAUUUAUCUAGAAAAUUCAAUAUUAUUAAUUAAACAUGAGUUCUUAUUAUACAUUAUUUACAACAGAUUAUUUUAAACAUACUUUUUUAGCCUUGGAAUAGUGCUUGGUAUACCGGUAAUAAUUACAUGAAGAUUGAGAUACUUACAGAAUUAGAAAAUAUAAUAUUAUUAGGAUUCAGAAGGAAGGAUAGGGGUUUGUUUAAUGUGCGUUUCCAGAAAAUAUCCACUCUCAGCCGUUGCAGGGUCAACGGAAAUUCUGAGCUGGACCAAAAGUUCUGGAUGUCGUUGGGGGAAUGGGGUCCCAACAACAAACUCUUAAUGUGGGAAUAUGGAUAGUUUCUGCAACAAGUUAAUGCUAUAAUUAAAGGUUGAAAGGAGAGAAGACACUUCCAAGUUUUUAAUGCGGACUUCGGGGUAUCUGAAUGUUAUAUGAAACACUGAUAUGUUUGAUAUGGCUUUCCAAACUGAUGGUGAUUACCUUUGUUGUGCCUUUGUAGGGUGAGAUUGGCAUGUUUUAAAAAUGUUUUGAGUGUUAGAGAUUAUUGCUUUAAUCAUUUUGAAGCAUAGUUUUCCAUCAAUACUCAGCAGAAAUAAUAUUAUAAUUUUACAGACAUUGUUUUAAACUACAUUACUUUUUAUCAUAUUUGUGCAUCUGCACUCAACUGGAUGGACCAAAGCUAGCACUGAUAUGGAGUGUCACUUAGAUUUUUUAGACCCACAUUUUGGUCUUAAGUUAAGGGGGUGUUGUCACAAAAUUAUUUACACAAUUCACAGCCCUCUAUUUUCUCAUCUUUUUCAUCCAUCACUAGCCAUAGUGGAAAACAAAAAAACGACGCAUAAUAUCUUGAAAAAAGAAUUACUGGAUCCAAGUGCUAAGGGAAACAUUGUGUUGCUUCGAAGGUGAUUCACACUCAUGUAUGGUUCAUUGGUUUGACCUUUUCCCCUUCCUCCCUCCACUGUCACAAGUUGGAAAUCAUGCUUUCAUGAUUGUGGUCAUUAAACCCUCCCAUGUCCGUUGAUUUUUUAUUGAGAAUCAAGACAGGAUGUGAAGAGUUUAAAAUAAUUAUUCUAAGUUUGACUUUUUUGUUAAUAAGGGAUUUUACAUGUAGACUAGAACAUUGGAAGCAGUAACAAUUUGUCUUAGUGCCAAGGUGCUCUGACAAGGUGUCCUGUUUCAAGAUUAUAAUAUUUUAUUAAUAUUUUGGA